GGUGGGCCGUCUGGGCUGUGAGUCAAAGCUUCAGGCGAGGCUUGUCCUCUAGGCAGGCCAUGUUACCACAGUUGCAGUCGUUUCGUCUUGUGUGUCUUUGUUCUCCGUCUGUUCCUCUAGGUGCCACGAGGUAGGAACCCACGCUGGCUUGGUCUUUCACUCGCACUGCACGUCUGGCCACUUCUGACGGUGGAGCCCGAGGCGUCCCAGAGCUGAGAGGGUCCUCGGCACGUGAGCUGUGGGAGGAGUCUGCUGAAGGCGCGGGCUAUGGACUUGAUCACCUCCACGGCCAUCCUGCCCCUGCUCUUUGGCUGCGUGGGCGUCUUCGGCCUCUUCAAGCUGCUGCAGUGGCUGCGCACGAGGGCCUACGUCCGCGACGCCGUGGUGGUCAUCACAGGCGCCACGUCGGGCCUGGGACGAGAGUGUGCCCGAGCCUUCUCCGCGGCGGGCGCCAGGCUGGUGCUCUGUGGCCGGAACGCAGAGGCCCUGGAGGAGCUCAGCAGAGAACUGGCUGCUUCUCCUGCUGCCAAGGUGCAGACACACAAGCCUCACACGGUGACCUUCGACCUUGCUGACCCUGGGGCCAUAGUCGGGGCCGCGGCCGAGAUCCUGAGGUGCUUCGGCCACGUGGACGUGCUCAUCAACAACGCCGGGGUCAGCUACCGCGGCGCCGUUGUCGACACCAGCCUGGACGUGGACAAGAGAGUCAUGGAGACCAACUACUUCGGUCCAGUGGCUCUAACCAAAGCGCUCCUGCCCUCCAUGAUCCGAAGGCGCCAGGGCCACAUCGUCGCCAUCAGCAGCAUCCAGGGCAGGAUCAGCAUCCCCUUCCGGUCGGCGUACGCGGCCUCCAAGCACGCGACCCAGGCCUUCUUCGACUGCCUGCGCGCCGAGGUGGAGCAGCACGACGUCGAGGUGACCGUCAUCAGCCCCGGCUACAUCCACACCCAGCUGUCGCUCAACGCCCUCACUGCCGACGGCUCCAAGUACGGAGUCAUGGACGAGAGCACGGCCCAGGGCCGAAGCCCCGCGGAGGUGGCCCGAGACGUCCUGGCGGCCGUGGGGCAGAGGAAGAAGGAUGUGGUCCUGGCCGGCCUGGCGCCGUCCCUGGCCGUUUACCUGCGGACUCUGGCCCCCGGGCUCUUCUUCAGCCUCAUGGCCUCGCGGGCCAGGAAAGAGCGCAAGUCCAAGCACUGCUAGUGCCCGGCGGCCCGACGGGCAGGUGGCAGCUCCUGCCCAGCUGCGGCCCCUCGGGGACAGGUGUGUGGCGGGGCUGCGGCCGGACUGGCCUCGGGAGGGCGGGAGGCGUGCUUCUGCCGAGCCCUG